UUAAGAAGUCGAAGAAUUUAAUCUUUUGAAAGAUUUUCUGCUAAAAUAUUCGAAAGAAUCGGUGAAGAUUUCAGUGAAAAGUGGAAGAGAGAAAUUUGUCAACAAAAAUAAAAAUUUCUUGUGAAAAUGAAGAAAGAAAAAAAUAUUAAAUUAAUAAGGCAAGCAAAUUUGUAAAACAAAAAGAUUCUAGUGAAGAGAAGAGAAAAAGAAUUUGAUAAAGAUUGUUUUGUUGAAUGAAACUGUGAACAUAAUUAAUAAAAAAUGCCGAAAAUCUUUCUCAUCAAAAAUCGAUUACAUCAACAACAACUUCGUUUGUUAGAAUCGCAAAAUCUUAUUCAAGCAAAAAAUGAAGAUCGGUUAAAUAUUGGCGACAAUGUCCAGCAGGAUCAUGAUGAUCGCGAGCCACUGUCACUCGUCGCAAAAAAACGGAAUACAGAGGAUAAUUCCGCCAACUCCCGGCAAAUAGCUGAAGAUUUACAAAAGAAGAAAAAUGAUGCAGCAACUGCUGAUCUUUUUGGUGAAUCUUCUGCAUCACGUCUCGGUGGACUUUCAGCAUAUUGCGAUCAAAUUGAAUCGGGAGAGCCGCCAAGACGCUUUAAAUCAUCACUUUUGGGAGGUGAAAUUCCUUAUGGAAGUGGAUCACAGAGAUUCAUCUUGACACAAGCACAACGUAAAGAAUAUCCACCAACACCGCCUACAAUUUCAAGUUCUUGUGAAUCGCCUAAGAGAAGCGAUGAAGAAAUUAUCAUCAAGGAACCAACAAACAUCCUCCCAGAACCACAAUUGAUCAACUUAUCAACAACACAGAACAAGAAAUCUGAAGGCGGUUCAUCAUCAACACUCACAGAACAAGAAAAUGUUGUUCGAUGUUCAGUUAUUCAACGUGUUCCAUUAGUGACAUCGUCAAACUCACCGUCACCACCCACAGUGCAAUUAUCACGUUGUAAAGAUGACAAGUCAAUCACUUCUAAUGCUGCUUAUCAUCCAAUUGCAUUGCGUCAUAAACAACAAAUGGCAAUGUAUCAUCGAAUUCAACAAACUCCGGUGAUGAUUCCCGAACAAGAACAUCCAAUUGAUUAUCACAUACCAAAAAAGCGAGACAUGGCACCGACAAAACGAAAGGACAUCAAUGGAAGUGAUUUAAUUGGAUGUGAAGAAGAUGAAGAUAAAAGAAUUAAAAAGAUUGAUUUGAUUGAAGAACGCGAAAAGCGAAUUCGUGAAGCGAAACGUGCGAUUCUUCAUCGUGCUUUGUUGCAACAUAUUCGUCGAUUGCCACCGGGCAGUCCGAUGGUCGGGCGAUUAGCUGGAAUCGUUCAAGCAGCUGCUGGGCAUGGAAGAUCAUCUUCCAAUAACAAUGGCGGUCAAUCGAGUGCAUCGAACAAUGCUUCAUCGAACGGAAGUUCUGGUGGUUCAAUCAACUUCACUGGAACUGGAAGUGGUGGGUGUGGAAAUUCAGGUGUUGGUGGUGGUCUUGGAGGAUCAGGAGCUGGUGGAAAUGGUCGCGACAAUCGAUCAAAUUAUGGACCCAACAGCCCUCCAACUGGAUCCCUGCCACCUUUCUAUGAGAGUCUCAAAGGCGGCUCCAAUGGCGGACUUAAUGCUUACAAUGCUCAAAAUGGAAUGAAUGGAAACACUUUCAACAAUUAUUUACUCAACUCCACCCUCGCUCAAAUGGAUUGUGAUGGAAACGGCGACUCUCUGACAAAUAUUGGCGGUUACCCUUCAAGUCCACAAGAUGCCGCCAAUACCAAACAAUAUUCCGUCUUGCAGAAUGUUUAUCUUCAAAAUGGAAUGGUCUUGAAAGAUGAAAUCGAUUUGGAUUAUGAUGGAAAAGGAAUUGAUACGUUGUCAUUAAAUGGAAAUUUAUUACAAAAUUAUGCUGAUAAUUAUACUGACUCGAUGAUGGCUGACUUGUCGAAUGCUGUUGAUCCACUUCAAUUGACAGCAACGUUGACAUUCUCAUCACCAAAUGAACAUGCGUUGCUUGAAAGUCUCACUGAUGCUGUUGAUUUGUCACAAUUCUUGCAACGUUUACCAUCAGACGAUGAUCAAUGCAAUGAUCUUGAACUUUCAUCAACACCUUCAAUGACUCCCGAUUCAAACGGCGAACAUCAUCAACAGCAUCAGCAAAUGGAAUCAUUUCAAGAUCAUUUGAUUGGUGGACGUCAUGGCGGAUUCUCUUCAAAUGAUCCAUCAACGACACCAUCACCGAACGCUAUGACAACGAUUCAAAACGUAAGUAGAUCGUUGAAAUCGAAUAAUCGUCGAGUCUCGGCAGCGAGUAAAUUGAGUAAUUUAUUGGCAUCGGCAACGACACCAGAACCGCCUAUUAUAGCGGAAGCUAAAGCUCAUGUCCUACAGCAACGGUUGGGACUUCCAGCAGAAGUGCAAUUGGAGUUUGUUAAUGGUGGUCAUGGGAUUAAAAAUCCAUUGGCUGUUGAAAACGUUCCCGGACGUUUACGUGAUGAUGAACAUGUUCCAAUUAAAAAGAGUUCAUCAGCAGCUUCAUCAUCAACUGAAGAAGAAAAUGGAAAAUUUGUUUGUCGUGUUUGUUCAAAACAUUUCACACUUCAACGUUUGCUGAAUCGUCACAUGAAAUGUCAUUCGGAUGUCAAACGAUAUUUAUGCACAUUUUGUGGUAAAGGAUUUAAUGACACAUUUGAUUUGAAACGACACACACGAACCCACACAGGAGUUCGUCCGUACAAGUGCAAUUUAUGCGAGAAAUCUUUCACGCAACGAUGUUCACUUGAAUCGCAUUGUCUUAAAGUGCAUGGAGUUCAACAUCAAUACGCGUACAAAGAACGACGUACAAAGAUGUACGUAUGUGAAGAAUGCGGUCACACAACGAACGAGCCAGAAGUUCAUUACCUUCACUUAAAGGACAAGCAUCCUUACUCACCAGCCCUGCUGAAGUUCUAUGACAAGCGGCACUUCAAAUUCACCAACUCACAACCUUUCAUCAAUACGUCAUCAUAAUCAUCAUCAUCAAUGACACCAUCAUCAACAUCAUCCAGAAUUCUAAAUUCUCCUGUUUAAAUGACGUGUCUUUGAUUCUACCCCUUUUUGCUACACCACCCACCUUCACCCCUUCAACACACGCACACACAACAAUGCAUACAUACAUUUAUGUACGUAUCAACAAAAGCAUAGAAGAAGACGAAGAGAAGACGAAGAAUGAAGAUGAAGAUGAAGAAGAAGAAAGCGAGAAAAUUUUGCAUUUAAUAGAAAAUUAAUUUUUUUUUCUUCUUUACGUUAUGUCACUUCUCUGUACAAGGCUGAAUUUCUAAAAAUUAUAUUUUUAAUAAUUUAAUUUGUUUGACGAAUUGUGUAAAACUUUUCCUCCAAUCACAAUCUUCCAGAUUUUCUUUCACAUUUAGAAUAUUGAUUAAAUAUUAUUAUUAUUAUAAUUUAUAAGAAUUAUUAUAUUUCUUCUUGAUAAGAAUCGAUCGAACGUCGACAUAUGACUGCAAUAUUAAUCAUUAAUCGCAUUAAAUAUUAACAAGAAAUAUUACAUUGAUAGUUAAAUUCACUUGACAUUGUCGAGGAUGAAGAAUAAAAGAAAACUUUGAUUUUCUUCGCGAAGAAAAGAAAAUCUUUUUAGUUUUUAGAACAAAUUAUUACUUAAGAUUACGCAACAACACUCAAUUCUAAUCUAAUUUGUUUCCUUCCUUCCUUUAUUCAUUGAUGAAAGCAAAUCUGAUAACAUGACUCUUAAACCCUAACGAUUCUCCUUAAUUAAGUCGAUGACUGUCAUUUAAAACAAUUUCUGUUUUUUUUUCUACAAACAUUUUAUUCAAUAUCGGGGUUUUAAUGUGCAAUGUUAAUGAUUUAAAGUUUAAGUGAUGAUUUAUGAUAAAAAUAUGUUUUUUUUAUAAAUAAUGAAAUGAUGAUUUCGAGCAAAACAAAAUAAAACGUUACGAGAUUCAGGAGGACAAUUCAAAAGAAAUUAACUUAUGUUGAGUAAUAUGUAGUAAGAAACAAUUUCUCUUUAAUUAAAAUGAAAUUAAAUUAACGAUUUGGUGGUUGGAAACAAAUUAAAAAUGCAAAACAACGCCGGGCAAGCUACUCAAUAUCUAUGAAACAUGAGAUAAAUAUUUUUCGUAUCAUGCGUAAUUACUCGAUUAUAAACAUCUAGUAUUUCAUAGAAUUAACGAUAAAAUAAUUUGUUACUCGAAAAAAAAUGUGUUUUAUUUUUAUUACAAUAAUAAACAAGAAGAAAUCUGUUUUGUAAUCUCGAUAGCUACAAAAUUAUGAAUUGAAGAACAAUAAAAAAAAUAUUUCAUAUC